AUGUCUUAUAAGCACUUCCGAGAAAGCAGACUGAGGUUCUCGGACUCUCUUAAUGGUCAGCGCUGGGUAUUCCUGAAAAAAGGUCUGGAUGACUUCAGAGAUGGCUUUCCUCCUUCAUCUGAUAACAUGAUUGUGUACGGUAGAAAGCGGCCUGUCUCAAUCGCCCUUCAAAACAGCACACUGAAAUCUUCGUCCACAGCUCCAUGGGAGAAAAGGAAGAAGUGUGCCAAAACACAGGUCUGUCUUUCCAAGCUCAGCCUGCUGCAGCAAGCCAGGAGGGAUUAUGUUGCACAGAUCGAGUGCUGCUUGAACCAGCAUCCCUUCGCGCUCUACCCAUGCUUGGAAAAAAGUAUCUCCCCAAAGCUCUUGAGAGAGGUUGCUAGUGUCCUGGAUGCUGAAAUGUGUUUGAAGAGCAAGGCUGGCUACAGUGUCUGUGAACAAGAGAACCAACCCCUUCAGGAGGUGCUGGAUCAUAUGGAGGACAUGCAGAGCAAAGCAACGGCUUCCAAGACACGAGUACGCGGCAAGGAGUCUCGAGGCAAAACCCCAUGUACACGGCUUUCCAAGAAGGUAGCAGCAAGAGAAAAGGAGGCCACGCUGACCGGCUUUGUUCCCCCUGAUGAACAUGUAAAGCGAGCAACCAAGCAUUUUUGUGACUGGGUUAUGUCUUUGGGAGGAGGGAACUGCAAUAUUGAUGAAGAUAGCCUCAUGAGCUUGCUCAACACCAACUGUGAAAGGGAGUCCACUGUCCUUUCACCUUUCCAUGCUGUGAAAUUCAACAAUGUGGAAGCAGAGCAGUCAAAGAGCCGGAAGAUUUCAUCUCCCCAGUUGGCUGUUGGGAGUUCUCAUCAACUAAGGAGCCUGCCCCGCCAGGUUAAGGUCCCUUCCCAAACAAAAUGGGAGAAGAUCAGAUAUGGAGUGUGGUGGCUUGAUCCCAAAACACAGAGAAAGCAGAAAGCGAAUGAACCAUUGAAAGCCCCGGAGGCAGCAAUCGAUAGCCUUGGGAAUGCAAAGAACCGGUCUGAAAAGGUGGCCAAAAAGCAUUCUUAG